GUUAAAAAAAGAUAUAGAAAACAAGUUUUUUAAAAUAAUUAUCAGCGUACCUACUACAAUUUUGAAGAAAGGUUAUAUACCUAUUUGGCCAGACAUGAUACGAGACUUUCAAUUGAUAUUUGGAUGAAUAAUUAUGGGUGCGAAUUAUAAAUUACUGUUUCUGAUUUUAUCGAUAAUAAAUAUUAGUAGUGGACAAGAAACUUUAGAAUAUUACAAAAAAUUAAUCAACGAUGGUUUACAGAGUGCUCAGAAUUAUCAGUUGCAUACUGAUGCGAGAAUGUAUCAUGGAGAUAAUGUGGAUAUGAUAAAAGAAUAUGGACGGUACGACUUUGUCAUAAUUGGAGGUGGAACUAGUGGAUCCGUAGUUGCAAGUCGACUUUCUGAAAUGAACUUUCAAGUAUUACUUCUAGAAGCCGGCUAUUUUUCCAACGAUACUUUCGAACAAUUUUUAAGAUUCGCAAAACCUUUUCAUAUGUAUUCUGAUUUAAAUUGGGGCUACAAAACCGUUCCUCAAAAAACAGGAUGUCUAGGUCUUAUUAAUGAAUCCUGCUUGGUACCGCGCGGCAAAGGAGUAGGAGGCAACACCCUAAUAAACGACGCUAUCUACAGUAGAGGCCAUCCGCAAAAUUUCAACCUAUGGUCGAAAAUAACAGGAGACGUAAGCUGGUCCUACCCAAAAAUCCUACAAUACUUCAAAAAAUCCGAAAACUUUCAUAGCACCAACGAAAAAGCCGAAGCAAUGUUGUCGUACCAUGGUACCGAAGGUGAACUUAAUGUUCAACAUAGAGUACCAGAUUUCUACCUUACCGACACCUUUUUAGAAGCAAAUAAAGAAUUAGGAUAUGAUAUAACCGACAUGAACAGGCCUAAUCAAAUCGGACCAUCAAUUUAUCAGUACUACUCCACCAAAGAAGGUCGCAGAGAAGAUUUUGGUACGGUUUUUCUAAAACCUAAUUUGGAUAAACCGAAUUUGAAGGUACUAACUGGAAGUUAUGUUACUAAUAUAGUAGUUAAUAAGCAAACUAAGCGAGCUCACAGCGUUAUUUUUACUAAUUCUGGUAGUACCUACAGAGUAAAAACUGAUAUAGAAAUUAUACUAUCAGCAGGCGUGAUAUCUACUCCUCAAAUUUUAAUGCUGUCUGGUAUUGGACCUAAGAAACACCUUCAAGAUAUGGGUAUAGAUUUAAUACAAGAUCUAAAUGUUGGUAGUACCCUACGCGACCAACCUUUUGUAGAUCUGAGGUUUUCUUCUAAUGUUAAAAUACCUGCCGAAAGCUUAGAUGAUCAAAUAAAAGACUACUUAAAAGGUGUGGGUACUCUCACAGCUCCAACGGUAAACCAAGGUGUAGGUUUCUAUAAUAUUAACACGCCCCCUGGCAAAAAGCCCAACCUUGAAGUAUUUUCUGAUAUUAUUGAGUACUCAGAUGUUGAGAAAAAACUUAUGGGUUACAAGCCUGAAAUUUACGAUGCCCUAUGGGGUUCUAAUAACACCCAUAUAUCUUUUGUCAUAGAAAAUAUUUUACCAAACUCCGCAGGUACUGUAAGACUGAAGAGCAAUAAUCCCUAUGAGUACCCUUUGAUAGAUCUUAACUUACUUUCUGAUCCGAACGAUACCGAUAUCGAGGUGCUCUAUCAAGGUAUACAGUUGAUUUUAAGCAUGAGUGAGACCCAAGCCUACCAGAAGUUAGAUCUGAAGUAUCUAUCGAAACCACUACCGCCUUGUAAAUCUUUUGAGUUCAGAUCUAAGGAAUAUUGGUACUGUUUCAUUCGACAGACAGCACAAACUGCUUUCCACCCAGUGGGUACUUGUCCGAUGGGUGCCAGCAAGGAAAAUGGUGCUGUGGUUGAUUCUAAACUUAAAGUUUUUGGAAUCGACGGUUUGAGAGUUAUUGAUGCUUCGGUUUUCCCUACUCAAGUUUCUGGCCAUCCUGAUGUUGCUGCGCUUAUGAUUGCCGAGAAAAUGUCGGACGUUUUGAAGUUUGAAUAUUUUAGUAAGAUACCCGAUGAAGAGGUGACGAGUUCUUAGACGACUAGUGUUUUAUAUAUUGAUUUUUUUUUAUAUCUUUUUAAUUAGAAAUUA